AUGGCGAACCACCUCGAUAGAAAUGACUUUUGUUCACCACCAUUUAGCCGAUUAUUCAUAAUCCACGGGAAAACAAUCGAAGAAGCGACGAUCAGAGAUGCCUUUGAGAAAUAUGGACACAUUGAAGACCUUUUUAUGGUCAGGGAUCGGCUAACCCGCGAGUAUAAAGGAUUUUCCUAUGUGAAGUUUGAAAAGACUUCAGAGGCUGCCCUCGCAAUGGAAGAGAUGACUGGUCGUGCCCUGGAUGGAUCUAGUAAACCAAUAAAGGUGGUCCUGGCGAACAAAAGAGGUGAAGGAAAUUAUCGUGAUCCGCAAGAAGAUGAAAAAAUGCUUCGUAUCUUUGUCAUGAUCCCCAAAGAUUAUCGAAAUAAAGAUUUGAGGAAGAAUUUCGAGGAAUUUGGCGAAAUCGACUUUGUAGAAGUUGUCACAGAUCGCAGGACUGGCCAGAAUAAAGGUUUUGGUUACAUCAAGUAUCUGCGGCCGUACCAUGCGGCAUUGGCCGUGGAGAAGUGUAAUCGAAAAUACAAAGCCAAGUUUGCUGAUCCACCUAUAAAAGACAAGCAGCGUGGUAGGGAUGAUUACGGUCCACCAAUGAAGCGCGGACGAGAGCCGUAUUAUGAUGAUUAUCCUGACGACCGUAAUCAUGAUAUGAGGGGCCGAGAUCGAGGACCAGUUUAUGAUGACCGAAUGAUGGACCCAAUGCCACCACCUAUUAUGCAGAAUAGAGGGCUGAUGGAGCAGAUGCAGUUGCAGGCCAACAUUGGAAUGGGUGGCAUGGGAAUGGGUAUGAAUCGAGGAAUGGGUAUGGCAAUGGGUGACGGUCCACCCAUGGGAAUGGUAGAUAACAGUAUGGGCUACGUUGGUGAAAGCAGUGGAGGAGCACUGGAAGUCGAGGCCAUGAUAUCCAAUUCCCAUGUUGUGCGGCCGCUGCUCCAGAAGUUGUUUGACCUCAUUCCUGGACUAGAGUACUUUAACUACGAGAGGAAUUCAGGUUUGGCAACUGCCCGCUAUGCAACUCCUGAGGCUGCUUCCCGUUGUGUGGAGAAGAUGAAUGGCUUUGAAUACCCCCCUGGUAGCCCUAUCAACGUGCGCUAUGCUAGAUCUAGUGGUGGUGGGGGGGCAGGUGCAGGAACCAUGGACGUGGCUGCCGUCCUCGACAGCCUGAAGGGAGUGCCGAACGCUGACAACCUGAUUGGUGCAAUGAAACAGAUUGCCAGCAUUUUGGAAACUAAGAGUUCAGAAAGCACAGAUCUCAAUCCAGAUGGUACUGAAAAUGUUCCGUACUGCGUUGUCCCACUGCCACAGAAGCAGCCGAGGCUAUCUCCGGAUGCCCACUGCGAGGAACGACUGUUUGUGGUCUGCAAGCCGUUCCCAGUCAAUGAGAUGAUCUUGACGGAUGCAUUCUGCCGGUUUGGCAAUCUCAUUGAGGUCUUCCUGCAACCAGGGAGAAACUUUGGCUAUGCCCGCUACGGAUCAAAGGAGUCGGCCGGAAAAGCUAUCAGCGCACUCAACUUGGUUGAAAUCAACGGGCAGCUGAUGAAGGUAUUGGUUGCUGAAGCCCCGAGGAAGGAACGAGGCGACAGUCCCCAUCGCAAGAGAACUCGGAACUCGGAACACUGGGAGAGUUAAGGUAAGGUCAGUAGGCUAUACACUGUUACAAAUUGAUGGGUGCAGGCCGGCGUAAUUGGGUGGUACUGCCUGUGAGAAAAAUGUGCAACCAGUAUUUUCAUGUAUUGACGGAGUGGACUCUGGAUGAAACAUCACAGGUAACAUUCCAAACUCCUCUUAGAUGACAAACCCGGCCAAGAUCAUCUUGUGGGUGCAGCACUAUGCUAUUGAGUAUUCAGAUAAAGCAAGGUAAGUCAAGUGUGAAUGUGAUCCUUUAUGGUAGUGAUCGAGAAACUUGAGGUCACUAUUAAGCCAUCUGUUUGGAAUGAGAAAGGAUUGAGACCUCACUUACAAGACCCCUUAAAAGGGACAAACCUCAAACUGAUUACCAUUGAGGAGACUUAACCUCAACCAGACAUGUUUUUGGCUGUAAGUCUCUAUCACGCUGUCAUGAUGAGACAGGUCUCCAAAUGAUGCUGACUUGCAGACAACAUCAAAUGCCUGGUCUGACAUAUGAUCAAGGACACCGUAUAAACCCUUGAUGUCCAUUAUAGAAAAGGACAUGGAGACCUUGUACAUGCAGAAAAGUGAAAAGGUCAGGACAUUUACAAGUUAUUUGCCCCUGUCCUUUUGCUUUUCCUAGGAACACCAGUUGCCUCUACAAGGAUGCUGUGAUGAGUGCUGGCUAAUCCUGUACUAGCAGGGCUUCACCAUAACACUGCUAGUGCUUAUUACAGAGUACUGGCAGACUUGUUAGAAUUAACCUUCAUCUAUGUAUUAACAUGAAUGCAAUCUUGCUUGAUUUCUAGUGACCAGACGACACGAGACAUCCGUGACGGAUUGCGACUGUUCUGACAGAAACGACACAUUGGACAUAUACACAGUGACGUAUCCCUCUAAAGGACGACAGAGAUACUCAGUAAGAAAGGACCCAGACAGAUUUACCCCCGGACGAUUUGCACACACAGCGGACCCGACAAAGGAAUGAAGAGACCCCUUUUGACAAGUUCACCAAACUGAUGAUGUUUACAGGCUUGAUUAGUACAGGAAUAACUAUGAUCGACAAAUACGGCCAAUGAUUCCCUAUUCUACACUUGCUAUCCGGCAGUAAUGCGUGUCACUAUAGUUCUACACAUAGCUGUGGCCCACCUAAUAAGUCCAUCUAUGGCUGACGACCAGGCAUAGGACUCCCCAUAAGACAGCUUCACUGCUGACUGUUUUAAAGACCUAGACCUCAAGGAUUUUUCGUUUGGUUACUGCUGCUCCAGUACUCCUCAGACUCACAGCACAGAUGACCUGAUUGCCGGCGUGAUUGAACAAAUAACCCUGACAUUACAAUUUGACUUGUCACGUGUUGCUACCAUACCUGUACAUGUAGUUGACAAAGCCGUGUCCUUGCAAUGUAUGAAGUAUUAGUUAUGUGGACACAAUCUUUUACUCUAGAGCCAGGAAUCCACUGGAUGACACAUUAUUAUGAUAGGUUGUGUGCAAAUCACCAUCAACUUGAUCUAACUGGUGCAUACAUUGUUCUUCGAGGCCAUAGAGGUUGAUUUGUGGAAACACUUGGGACCUCAGGCUGACCAGCUACAGCAUAGAAUAACCACAGUCAGUGGAUUCCCAGCUUGACUAUGUGAGUAUCAUUGACAGAGAUGUAUGGACUUGGCCCUGGUGAUCAUUUAUCAAUACCUCACCCUGUGACAUUGGGUGAUAUGAAUAAAGACUAGCAAAUGCUUUUACUUCAAUUUUGUACAGAAAGGCCUAGUGUAUAUGUACAUGAAGUUUUAGAUAAAAGCAUUUGCUAGUCUUUAUUCAUAUCACCCAUUGUUUUUAUUCAAUCAUCAAGUGUAUGACCCUGUUGUGUUCUGUUGUGUGGAUGACAUUAAAUGCUAACUAUUUACUGAUUUGAGUUGUACCUUAUAGAGUGGCAUGUGAGACUUUAACACUGACAUGGACAUUUGGUAAUGGUAUUAUUUUCAGUAUCAUGAAUGCAUAUAUUCUUUUCAGUGUAAGUAAUGCAUUCUCCAAUUUGUUGUAAAUUGUAUGAGGCAUUAAUCAUGUAAUGAUGUACAUGUUUGUUUUACAUGUUGUACAUGAAAU